AUGCAUGUUAUGAAUUGUCUCUCCUUGGUCAAUGAUAAAGAAAAUGGGGCAGUUCCAGUUGCGACGGGAUUGAUGAGCGAGGAUGCGACGACGGCGCCUCAACUUUCUCAGCCUGCAGCAUCGCCGCCCCCCGCGCCAUGUCCCCUCACGGGGGCUCCCCCGGCCCCUCCGCUCCCCCCGGGAAUGCCACCCCCACCGCCACCCCCUCCUCCGCUGCCUGGCCCCAACAUACCCCUUCCUCCUCAGCUGGUAAAUGGGCACGACAGCCACGGCAAAAAAAAACGAAUGCGGAGCUUUUUCUGGAAAACUAUCCCUGAAGAACAAGUCCGUGGUAAAAACAAUAUCUGGACAAUUGCGGCAAGACCACAGUAUCAAAUUGAUACGAAGACAAUUGAGGAACUUUUUGGGCAGCAGGAGGAAGCCAAACCCCAAGACUCCCGAAACCGAUCUUUAAAGUCUUCAUUUAAAGAGACUAAAGAGGAGGUUUCCAUUUUGGAUGCAAAACGAAGUAUGAAUAUUGGGAUAUUUCUCAAACAAUUCAAAAAGUCUGCCGAAUCCAUCAUUGAAGAUAUUUAUCAUGGAAGAAGUCAGCCCUAUGGUCCUGAACUGCUACAUGAAUUUCUUAAAUUAUUACCAGAAGCAGAGGAGGUAAAGAAAUUAAAAGCCUUUGAUGGAGAUGUAUCAAAACUGUCUCAAGCUGAUUCCUUCAUGUACUUACUAAUCCAGGUGCCAAACUAUGCUCUUAGGAUUGAAGCCAUGGUGUUGGAGAGGGAGUUCUCACCCUCCUGUGCUUCUCUACAAGAUGACAUGAAAAUUAUAAGACGGGCAACAAAAGAGUUAAUGACUUGUGAGGAGCUGCAUUCCAUAUUGCACCUGGUCCUUCAGGCUGGGAAUAUUAUGAAUGCGGGAGGUUAUGCUGGCAAUGCUGUUGGAUUUAAACUGUCGUCACUGCUGAAGCUGGCAGACACAAAAGCAAACAAACCUGGGAUGAGUCUGCUGCAUUUUGUUGCUCUGGAAGCCCAAAAGAAAGAUGCUGCUCUUCUCAACUUUUCAGAAAAAAUUAGGAGUGUUCAUGAUGCCGCCAGGUUAUCCAUUGAUAGUGUAGAAGCAGAGCUGCACUCGCUGUCUGUCAAGACAAGAUCUGUUAAAGACAGCGUCCGACGAGACCCAAAACUCUUUCACCAGAUGGAAAACUUUCUCCAGUUUGCUGUAAGGCAUCUAAAGGAGCUUGAACACCAGAAACGAGAACUGCAAAAGGAGGGAAAUGCUCUCAUUGACUUUUUCUGUGAAGACAAAGAAACUAUGAAGUUGGAUGAAUGUUUCCAGAUAUUUAGGGACUUCUGCAUAAGAUUCAACACAUCUGUUAAGGAGAAUAGGGAACGAGAGAUGCAGGAACUUCAUAGUCUGCAAAGGCGAAAGGAGCUGGAGGAGAAGCGUCGAUCCUGGGCCGCUGGAGAGCUUGGGAGCUUUGGGCGGAGCAGUAGUGAAAAUGAUGUAGAGAUGUUGGCUAAAAAUGGACUUGGAGAAUUUCUUCCCUUCUUGCAGCAGAGGCCUCAAAGCCCUUUGUACAGAAACACAAAUUCCAGACGCUCUCGACUUUCUUUGGGGGUGACUGCAGACAGGGAGUUGCAGAGUUUCCUGGAAAUCGCCAAAGAUGAGGAUCCAAACAAGUUUAACAGCCUUCCCCGUGCAAACACCCGACAAGCAAAACCUAACGUAGCCUGGACGGAAUCCAAAGAAACGAGAGAUCUCAACUUAAAUACCUUGCACUUACACCAACAGUCUGAAAUGGAAGUGAAAAGUGGUGGCUCCGUGCAGGUGCCUCCAGAUCAGCCCAGUCACCUCAGCAGCUCAGCCAGUCCUGGUGCCCAUUACUCACAGAGGAGCACCGACUACAGCUUGCACACUUCCAACGUGUCCUGUGAGGAGUCCACAGAUAUAAAUGCUCUGGCCCUUGCAAUUGAGGAGCGUGAACUUGUUAAAGGGUUACGUAAGUUUGAUAUUCAAGGAGCAAAGCCUGCAGAAGAUGCACCUUUAAUAUAUUUAGAGGAUGCUGGUGGGACAGACCUGGAGACUCUGGAUGAUCUAAGCUUCCAUUCCCUGAGCACUGCCGAUGACGAGCUGCCUCCAGCUUGCAGGACUUCCAGAGAGGUCCGUGACCAUCAAGCCAAGGCAGUGGGUUGCAAGACUGAAGCUUUAGAGCCCAGCAGCAGCAGCCCUAUGUCUAUGGAUACAAGUGUUUCAGGAAGUAGGGAAGAUGGGCCAGUGUGCUACAUGUCAGAUACCACGACUGAUUGUUCUUUGACGUUGGACUCUGAAGAGGGAAAUGAUUUUAAAUUGGCAGGCAACGAAAUAAGAAAUGAGGCUGGCAAAGCAUGCUCUUCUGGCAGUGAUGCUCAACACAAGGCAAGAUCAUUCUUCUCAAACCUGAAUUCCACCUCUGACAAAGACCUGUCUCUUCACACUUCUGCCAAUGAUAAGGAUGAUGCUGAUAGCAAGCACACCCUUCCUAAAGAAAAAUCCAUAAAAAAUAAAGAUCUAGCAGGACCAAAGACAAACUCUCUAAAAGAUCGAUCUCCAAGCUCCACAAAAUCCAGUGGCACUCGCCCUAGCCACACAGGUCCUUCCAGACCUGUCAGAACUUUGAAUGCCUCUGAGAAUGAAAGUAUGAGGAAAGUGGUGCCUAUUUCUCGGUCAAACAGGGCACCCAGCAGUGUGAAAAAGCCGGAAGCCAAGCCAGCCCUUCGUGAAGGCAGUACAGUGGAAAGUCGGCUGUCUCAUCGCAGCUCUGUCCGAGGCACAACAGACACGCUGCCAAGAAGUCCCUACAGGCACAGCAUGUCGGUAGAAGAGCCAAAGUUACGAAGGGGCACUGUCACCUCAAGCAGUGCUCAUUUCGAGAGAGAUAGAGUCGCUCUCAAGAAGCCAAUCUCCAAACCCAUUACCAGGAGUAAUGUCAAAUCAAAGACAGAUGAAACAAAGAUGUGUCGUUCCAGUGUAAAACCCCAGACCCCUGCAGAUGACACCAAGGUUGCCACAGUCAGUAUUCCCAAAGCACCACCUGCUGUCCCAAACUUUGCAAGGAAUACAGUGGCCUCUUCUUCAAAGCGUGCAAAAGUGGAUCUAUCCAGCUCAUCCAGACCUCCACCCAUCACAAGGUCUGUGUCCCAGAGGCUGCCUAAAGUGAAGCCAGCAGCAACCUCUGAUGAUCCAAAUCCAAAGGAGAACAGUGUGAGUACCUUAAAGAGAGCAAGUAGUGCAAGAGUGGUUGGAAGAAGCAUCCUGCAGGGAGAAGCUGUCAGCACAAAAGCAGAGCCUGCACCAAAGGAACAGGGAACAGUGGAAAAGGCAUCUCUUAAACUGAAGGAUGCAAACCGAACCACAAUUGGUAAAAUCUUGAAGCCGUUAUUGAAAUAA